AUGAUUUGCUUUGACCGAAAGAGUGCUUGGAGCAUUCCUUUGGUGCUUUCGAAGCACAAUUUCCUGGAGAGCAUCUUUGGGGCCUUCCUGAUCAUCAUGAAUGCCACCAUGCAGGUCCUGUUCACAGUCAUCAUCAUGUCUCCGGACUUCUUGGGAGAGGGCCUUUCCGUGCAGGAUGCGCGCACCUGGCGUCUCAGGUUCGCGCACGAUCUCGAUUUCGUUGGCCUGGACCAGAGGAAUUUGGCUUCGAUCGUAUGCGACGAGGACGGUGCCUUGAUCUUCUCGACAGCUCAAGUGGCUCAGCUGGUGGAUAUCAACAACUACUUGGGACUUGACAAGUUGUCCUUUGAGCUGCCCAAUUUCCAGUCUCUCGGCACAUCCUUUUGGCCUGGCAUGUUGCUCGCAGUGCUUUGCAUCCUUCUCUGGAACAUUUGCAUCUUUGCCGAGCUGCGGAGCGUGUGGUAUGUUCUGAGAGGCUUGUCGUGGCAGCGGAUCUCGAUCAUGACACUCGUGUGUGUGGGGCGUGCAGUGGUAGCGGGUGCCCUGCUGAUCUCAGGCACCAUCUGGCUGGGCAACACAACAUCCAUUACGGAGCUCAUGUUGAACUCGGUUGCCCUAGAGGCUGUCCUCCACAUUGACGAGUUUAUAUGUCGGGCUCUGGUGCCAACCAGCCUGCAGCAGAAGAUCAAGAGGCUGCCGCCAAUGCAAGUGAGGAGGAGCCGACGCUGGCCGAGUGUCGAAAAUGUUCUCCUCGCUUGUAUGCUCGCGGCUGCGCUUUUGGUGCCCUACAUGAUUGUGCUUGCGCCCCUCAGAGCGACCAUGCUCUCCGUGAAGAGAGAGAUGUGUGGAGGGCUUGUUGAUUUUGUCAUCACUGGGACGUCAGGCCAGAUGUAUACGGCAUUGUCUGCGAGCGCAGGGGCAGUGACCUCUGCAGAAGUCAGAAAUGCGGAGCUCGCAGUUCACGAAAUUCUUUCUGGCGAAGCCACAAAGAAUGGGAGACCAAAGUAUUCAAUCUGGGAGGGGGGGGUCAUUCGGAUUAUUGGUUGCUCGCAGAAAUCAGGUAUACCCAGAUUUCAAGAAAGAGUUCUACGUUUGUCGUGA